CGCGUGUCCUGCUCUCCAGAGGAUUACGCGUCCGGAAGUUGGUCGUAUCGCCCCCAGUUUCCUGAAGGCAACGUCUCUAUGACUAGGCCAGAGGACGCGUUCCUGUUCAAUAGGUUUGAGGGUUGUGCGAGCUCGCGCGAGUUCUGGUGGCACCUUGGGGCGGAUAAUGCGGUGCAGUGGGACAGGUACCCUAAUGUCACGGAUUGGAGAUGGGUUCCUGGAGAAAAAUGCCUUGGUAUACGUCAGCUGGAUGGCGCAGACCUUGUUCGGGAUUUGGUCGAGAUGGGCGGCUGGCUUAUUCUGGGUGACUCGAUGACGGAAAACCACUUUUUCUCCCUCUCGUGCCUUAUGUAUCCUCACGUUCGCGCGACACCCAUCUAUGAUCAAGACGCAGGGUACGACCGUGCCUGGCCGCAAAACAUCUACCUUUCCCCCAACUCUCCCCUCAUCCUGACCUUGCGCUUCCCGCCCGGCUUCUCGAUCGAACGCACGCCUCUGGUGACCUUCCGUCGAGUCGACCUCUUGCUCUCAGAGCCAGAGCUCAUUUCGCUGCACGCAUCGCACUACAGUGAUCUCUACGAUGUGGACCCAGCAUUUCGCUUAUUCGCUGAUGACGUGCCCGUGUGGACGCUCAGCCCAUCAUACUAUAUGCCGAUCUUCACCAGCCCGCUGCCAGACGCGAACUACGCCGCGAUGAUCGUGAGCACGGCCGGGCACUGGACGACGAUGAAGUUCCUGGGCUACCGGGAUGAAAAUCGGCCUGGCUCUGGCAUUGCCGGCGUGUUGGACUUUUUCGCCGUGUCGAUGCAAUGGUGGGCUUCGGAGGUGCAGCGAAUGCUCGAUUUGCAUCGCGCAGCUCAUCCAAAGACAGAGGAUGGUCGACUUGUGGCCGAUAAGAAGGUCAUUGUCAGAGCAUACCAGUCGGGACAUACAGACUGCCAUAAUCAUCGGAAGCCCUUGGACAGGUAUGUUCCAGCUGAACACAACCAGUGGAAUUGGGCGUCCAUAUGGGAGUUCAACCGUGUUUUCAAGGAAAUCACGUCUAAGCCCGCGUACCCCGACAUCCAUUUUCUGUCCAUCGACCGUCCCGGCACCUUGCGCCCUGACGCACAUUCGACGAGUGACUGUCUACAUGUGAUGGCGGGCGCGGGUGUCUCAGAAGGAUGGACGCAUUAUAUAUGGCAUUACCUCACCCGCGAGACAUCG